GUGCAAGAGGAUGAAAAAACACAAACCCAGGAGCUUGAAGAUGAAGGGGAGGAGGAAAGAAAGGCGGAGCAUGACGAAGAGGACGAGGAAGGUGCCCUAAAGGAUCAGGAAAAUGAGGAGGAGGAAAACGCAGCCAGUCAGAAGGAAGACGCAGGAGGCCUUGAAGAGGAGGCAGGCGGCCAGGAUCAGGAGAACGAGAAUGAAGGAGAAGCAGAAAGCGCGCUGCAGGAGGAGGAGGAGGAAGAGGAGGAGCGAGAGGAAGAUGAGGAGAAAGGCAGCCCGAGUGAAGAGGAGGCAGGCAACGACGAGGAGCAGGACAAGGAUGGUCAAGGAGAACCAGAAAGCGCCCCAGAGGCGGAGGACCCGAAAAAAGAUGAGGAGGAUAGCAGCCCAAAGGAGAAAGAGGAGGAAGGCAACGAGGACAACGAGGAGGAAGAUGAAGGAGAAGCGGAAAGUGUGCCAGAGGAGGAGCGGGAGGAAGAUGAGGAGAACAGCAGCCCGAAAGAACAGGAGGACGCAGGCAGCGAGGAAGAGCAGGAAGGAGAAGCAGAAAGUGCGCCGGAU